AUGAGUUUUCCUAGGGACGAAAGAGAUAAAAAGCCAAAAUAUCAGCAAUUCGUCAGCGGGCUUUAUAACCCGCCGCGCGGACCAUAUGCAAACCUUGCACAAUAUCCAGCUUCGAAAAUUCAUUAUACCGUUCGAUCUUAUCAGCCUCCUAAACGCACCACAUCUCCAAACAAUCGCAGUAGUCCAUUUCAAUAUUCGCAGCAGCCAACAUACUCAUCAAAUAAUUAUUUCCACGGUCCAACAAAUUCUCCUGUAAACCAGCCAAGAUACGGCCAAAAACAAAAUUCAAUUCCAGUUUAUCAGGCUUCCACUGGAAAUUCCGGAAAAUUCAAUGCACAACCACAGAAUUUUUCAAGCAAAUACUUCAACAAUCAUCAAACUCAACAAAAGCCAGUUAGUCCCAUAAUGCAAAAGAAAUACGAUCUUAAAUCACUCCUUCAAGAUAGCUUUUCUUCAUCAGAUUCAGAUUCUUUAGAUUCAUUUUUGCCACAAAAGAAUUCAUCUUAUAAGGGUACAACGAAAUCAAUUAACCCUCCACAUCUCAUGACACGCGAAGAAAUUGAUGAACUUCUAGAAGACUCUUCUGACUCAGAUUUCGAAGAUAGACUUAGAAUCAACUCCAUCAAAUCUAAUAAAUCAGUACCAAGGAAGCACAGCAUCGUUCCAAUUUACGAUCUUAGCUCUUCAUCUGAUUCUAGUGAAGAUGAUGAAAUUCUUCGCAGAUUUUCAUCAAAGAAACGCCAAACUUCAAUAAGAGACAAUAAGAGUCAGAAGCGUCCAUCAAGUUUCAAGAAUCGUGAAGAAGAUUUCGAUGAUAGUUCAGAUGAUUCAACUCCAGCACCUCGUAAGCAAGAUCGCAAGGCAAGUCAUGCUUACCCAAUUGAUUUAUCUGAUGAUUCAAGUUCUAUUUCCAGUAUUGACCUUCCAUCCAAAUAUUCUCAGCCAAAGAAGUCCAAACACUCAAUCCAUCAGAAGAAGACUGUCAGUGGUAUUUUAGAAAUCACAGAUUCAUACUCCGAUGAAUCUUUAUUGCCAACUGAUUCUUAUUCUCAGAAAUCUUCCCAGAAACCAGGAAAAUCAGCACGCAAUACCUCUAAAUCAAAGCCAAUGAAAUCAUCCUCCAUCAGCGUUACCUCUUCUUUCGAUUCCGAAAUGAGCAAUUCAUCAAAUCUCAAGAAAGAAGACCAGAAAGCGGCCAAGCCAAACGCCAGAUCAAUUAUAUACGAUACCGAUUCUGAUACCAGUGUUUCUGACUUCAUUGCCAGACAAUCCGCCAAAAUCAAGAAUCUUACAAAGAAAAUUUCGGAUUCCAACAAACCAGAAGAGCCAAAGAAGGAAGAAAAGGAAGAACCAGCUGCUAGAUCUCGUGAAAUCAUCAACAGGAUCAAGCAAGGACUUCCUGUUGACUCAGAAGAUUCAAAUGAAGAAAUUUCCAGCAUUUCCGACCAACCAAAGUCAAUUUUGAAGAAUCCAAAGGCCACAAAAACCCGUGAAGUCACGAUUUCUUCAGAUUCCAGUGACUUUGUUGUUGAAUCUCAAGACAAAAAGUCCGAAACCAAGUCAUCACCACUUUUAGAUGAAGAUGACGGUGACGAAAUGUCUUCUGCUGACGAACUCAUCAAGAGAGUCAAUGCAAGAAUCGCUGGAUUCUCUCCUUCAAAGCAGAAUCAGCAACAACAAAAAGAUUCUGACUCAAAAUCGUCACUUUUUGACGAAGAAGAGAAACAACCACCAAAGAAAGAAUCUCCACACAAAGCGAGACAAGCCAUUAUCAAGAAAGUCGAAGAAGAAGAGGAAAACGACGAGAACGAUUUCGAAGAAGACACAAAUCAAUCCCAGAAAGAAGAAGAAGAACAAAACAACGAAGAAAUAAAGAAAGACGACUUUGAUGAUUCCCCAAUGCAAGAUCCAACAGACGAAGACACUUACAAAGAAGAGGAAUACGCACAGAAGAUCACCAAGCUCCAGAAAUUCAUCAAAUCCAUCAAAAUCGCUGAAGAAGAAGAUGAAGAAGAAGAAAAAUUCAAUGAUGAUGAACAAUUUAAUGAUGAAGCAUCAAAUAUCGAUCAGGAACUAAAUACAUCAUUGAAGAAGAACAACUUGAACAAGAUCAAUCUACAAGACAUUGCUGAGGAUGAAGAGGAAGAACAGAUUCCUUUGAAGGCAGCUCCGAAAAUUAAAGUCGGAUCAUCAAACACUUCGAUACAAAAAAUUGGUGAUGAUGUAAUUAUCGAAAGAGAUUCGGAGAAAGAUGAAAUUAGAUUCUCUGGACCUCCUUCUCCAACAGCUCCUUCGUUUGCUGAAUCAACUGAUUCCGAAAAGAAGAAAGAAGAUGCAAACGAAGGAAGCGAAGUUUUACCUCCAAAUGAUGAAGAAAAUUCUGGAAUUGAACCAGUCGAAGAAGAUGAAAUUGAUGAGGAAGAACUGAAGAAAUUGAUUGCACAGCAAUUACCUGAAGAAGAAGAAGAUUUAGAUGAAAACCUUGUUGUUAAAGGAACACAAACACCAGAGAAAUCUCCAAGAGAACAACCAAAGAAAGAACAAAAAGUUGAAGAGGAAGAAGAAGAUUCGUUGGAUGCUUCAGAACUAAUGAAGAAAAUCGAUGAAUUGGAUCAACUCAGUUUUAAAAUACAAGAAGACGAAAAGAGAUCGCAAUCACAAAUAAUGAAUGAAUCAAAACAUGAAGAAGAAGAGGAAGAAGACUUCAUCAAAAGCUUGGAAAAGAGAGUUGCACAAAGAAAAGCUGAAUUAGAAGAUAAUUCCGAAGAAGAAGAAAAAGAAAAUCAAAUUCAAAUUCAAAAAGUUGAAGAAGAAGAGGAAGAUGAUGGUGAAGAUUUCAUCAAGAGUUUAGAAAGAAAAGUUGCAGAAAAGAAGGCAGAAUUAGAAGAAAACUCAGAUGAAGAAGAUGAAGAAGAAAAAGAAAAAGAGCAAGAAGUAAAUGAAGAAAAUGAAGAUGAUGAUGAUGAAAAUGAUUUCAUCAAAAGUUUGGAAAAAAGAGUUGCACAGAAAAGAGCAGAAUUAGAAGAAAAUUCAGAGGAAGAAGAUGAUGAUGAAAAUGAUCUCAUCAAAGAUCUUGAAAAGAGAGUUUCUCAAAUCAAAGAACAAAAAGAAGAGGAAGAAGAGGAAGAUGAUGAUUUCGACAUCGAAAAAUUCAAGAAAGAAAACAACAUCCAUUUAUCUGAUGAUGAUGAGGAAGAAGAAAAUAAGGAACAAAAUAAAACAAAGAACUCCAACAUCGUUAUAAAUGAUGCUGAAUUAAUGAAGAGCAAUGAUGAGGAAAUCGAUGAAGAAAUAUCAGCAAAUUCAGCUGAUUUGCAAACUCAAACAAAAGAAGAAAAAGAAGGAAUCUACAUGAAAUUGUCGAAGGAUGAAAUCGACAAUGAAGAAGAGGAUGACUUUGAUGAUGACACUUACAUUAAGAAGGCUUUGGAGGCAUUCGGUGAAGAAAUCUCUGAUGAAGACAUUUAA